AUGUGGCGGCGCGCGAUUGCAUGGCGCGUGGGGCGCUUCAGCGAGAAAGAGCAGUGCGCUCUGCGCUCCCCCCGUGCGUCGCUCGGCUUCUCCCCUCUGCGACCCAAGCCCGUGGCUAAGCCGCCCAGCAAGAAGCCCAGGCCCAGGGAUGUGAUGGGUACCGCUGCUGCUGUGAAGCCCAGAGCGGUGCACAGCGGUCAAGCGACCGUCGCAGCUGCAACAGCCAAAGCCACGCCAGCCAAGGCGACGGAAGCUAAGCCGACGUCAGUUAAGGCGACGCCAGCCAAGGCGACGCCGGCUAAGGCAACGGAAGCUAAGGUGACGUCAGCUAAGGUGCCGUCAGCUAAGGCCACGCCAGCUAAAGCCACGCCAGCUAAGGCGACGCCAGCUAAGGCGACGCCAGCCAAGGCGACGCCAGCCAAGGCGACGCCAGCCAAGGCGACGACAGCUAAGGUGACGCCAGCUAAGGCGACGCCAGCUAAGGAUGUUGUGGGAGAGAUGGGUGGAGAGGUGGAGGAAUGUGGUGAGCUGGAAUGGGGAGGCAUGGCAUGA